AUGGCGCCGAGGUUUGACGUCUCGGCGCCAUGGAUCACGGCGCCGAGGUCCCUGGCCGUGCCCAGCGUAGCCCGUGGCUCGCGAUUUCCUUUCUCUCUUCCUCCUUUCCCUUCUUCCUCCCUGCUCCCCGACGCUGCCUCGCCCUGCUCGCCGUCGCGCCGCCCGUGCCUCUCCUUCCCCUGCUUGCCGUCGCGCCGCGCGAUUCCCGGCCGGGCCCACGCGCUGCUCCGCUGCUCCCUCGGCUCCGACGCGCUGCUCCCCCGACGCGCUGCUGUCCGCGCCCACGCGCUGCCCACGCCCGACGCGCUGCUGUCCGCGCUCUCGUCCCGGGCCCACGCGCUGUCCGCGCCUCAGGGCGCGCCGCCGGCCGGGCACCCUUCCCGGUGUGGUGGCCCGUGGCCGGCCUGGGCCUGGGUGGUGGGUCGGGGCGGCGCGGUUCCCCUGCCGCGGGGGUGGGCAGGCAGCGUUGCCUCCCUGGGACAUUUGCUGCUAGGUGACAAUCCAAGUAAUGAUUGUUGUCAUCCUGUGCCUCCAACAUUGAAUGUUGACGCAGUUUUUAUAGCAUCUAAUAGUUUGGAUGUUAAUAUUGAGGAUGAUGAGGAGCCCUAUGGCACAGCUAGAGCUGUUGAUUCUGAUGAUGACCGCCCAGUUGCACCUUUAAGUGAACAAGAAAUGGAGCUUAUCAGACGUUUUUGUCCUGAUCGUGAUCCACUACUUAAGAAGACAGUUGAGUUUGAAACGUUGCAUCGUCAGUACAUAGAGGUGUGGGACCAGUUUCAUGACAAGCUCUACGAAAAUGAGCAACCACAUACCAACUACAAUUUUCGUGCAUACCUUACUUGGUACCUAGGUGUUACACGAACAAGGUUGAAAAUUCAGUGGACCCAAGCAGAUUAUGCGUACCUUGAAUCAUCUGAGGAUGAGGACACUUCCUAUGACCUAGCAGCACGACAAGGGACACUUAUCGAGGCAGCACCUGUCUUGGACCGAGUGGGCAACGCAAUAAAGCAAUCUGUACUUGACAUCGAACGGUUUCCAAGAAUAGGUGUGGACGAGCACACACUAAACAACUUUCUUGGAAGACUAGCACGUAGGCUUAGGCGUGCUGCAGCUCGGUGCGGUUGCGGUACUAGUGCUGCGAUGAAUGUGCAUGUGCCACAGGAACGACAAUGCAACACACCUGUUGUGCAUGGUACAUCUUCUUUGGGAGGAUCUGGAGGACAGAGCUCGUCUCGGCCAACUAUGGACACUUUUCAAAGCGAUGAUGAUGAGGACGAAGAGGGGGUGGCCGAGGAGCGUGACUAUGACGAGCUUGGGUUAUCUCAGCUUCCUGAUGCUCCUUCUACUCAGCCUACGCAGGUUGCAAGAAGGCGACGUCGUUCGCCUUGUAGGUACACUCCAGGCACCGAUGCUCUUGGCCACAAGGGUAAGGGUAAGACUAGGAGGCAGUGAGGAUGACUUCUGUGCUAACACCAUGGUAGCAGCUUAGAAUUGAUGGCAUAACUUCUGUUAUUUUGCAUGUAUCGACACUGUGAACUUUGUGGACUAUUUGUACUAUAUGGGACUGUAUGGUCUCUGUGGACUAUCUGAACUAUCAUUCCUGAUGGCGUAUGUGCUUGUGUGUGAUAUUAGGAUGAAUCAAUGUUUGUAUUGUACUGUGAUGUCUAUUUAUAACUGUGGAUGUACCAAAAAUAGGGGAAACUCUUGCAAAUUUUUUCCAUGAA